AUGUAUUUGCCCGGUGAGGAGUAUCCUGUUGCCAAUCGGCGGGCCCUCGAGUCGGUGCUCUACUUUCGCAUACAGCUGGAGAAUGAGAUUCGACGACUGCGAGAUAUCUGCAGCGAGUGGGAAGCCUAUAGCAAGGAGAAUGAGGCGCAUCUGGUUGAGACGGGCGGCAUAGAUAUGAUCAAUGUGGCCAUUGGACAGACAAAUUUGCGCUCUACCAAGAAAUUGAUGCAGUUCAGCGGUCUGAUUGACCGUUGCGAGGCGGGAGCUACGGGCAAGAACCAUCGACCCUACGAUGGCAGCGAGGAGACGAAACCCGUCCAGGCAGAGGAUCUGGAAGGGUGGUGGGACAUGCUGCGACUCCAGAGUGAGAAUGUUGACAAGCGCUUUGAUAACUUGAAGCGAUGGAAACAGAACAAUUGGCAGGACCCCGAUGCAGUUGAGGAAUCGAAAAUACCAGCCAAGCCUGUGGCCAAACCAAAGUCUAAGCUGGGCAACAAUUUAAACGCUAAGCCCAAGGUCAAGGCCAGCAGUAACUUGAUGCAAUUACCCCGCAAGGCCCAUGCUGAAAUGAAAAAGGCUAAGGCGGAUGUGGUAUCAGCGGACGAUGCCCCGCAAACUCCAUCUCGCAGCAGCACUCAGCGUGUGAUCGUAGUACGCGACCGUCGGUCCUUCUCUCCUGCUCGCACCGUCCUGCGCAUGUCUGUAGGCGAGAGCCGUUCUUCCAAUGGUGGCAACACUCUGCUCAAGUCUGCUAUAUUGGCCGCAGCCGAACAAAACGCUCUUAAUCAUACCCCCCCUCCCAAUAAGGGACGCCAGUCGAUUCUGAAAAAACCAGGGACCAGCAAGCGUGAAAGUCGUGGUGUUAUUUUCAGUACAAAGAAAAAUGUACGGCACUUCAAAUUCACCUACGAAGAAGGCACUAUUAGCGAUGAUGAGCCCUUUGGCGGCGAUAAGCUAGAGGAUUGCGAGGAGGACAUGUCGAUCGAAGCUUCAGGGGAAACACGUUCCGUAGACCAGGGCCCAGCAGAAAAUGAGCCGCAAUCCGCGUCUUAG